AGCGGGAGCAGCUGAACUCGAUCACAGUGCUGGGUGCGGGGACGCUCAAGGGGACGCAUCCGUUUGUUGUCUUUCUUUCUUUCAAGUUGCGAUUUUGUAUGUUAUAAACAUUGCCGGUACGCAGGCUGAAACUCGGUAACAAGCGCUGCGCUCUCAGGGUUCAGAUAUGUUGAGCAAAAACACAAAAAAACAUGCAGAUGAUGUGUGUGUGUUGAGGAUCGACGUCAGGGGAGCGUUAUGCAAUUUUACGCGAACAGGGCAAGGCAGAGGGCAGACAGCGCUCAAGCGAAACGCCGUAAACGCCAGACAGAAAGAAACAGAAAGGAAAAGAAAUGGGCUGUCUGCUGCUGCUGCUGCACCAGACAAUAAUGUGUGGCAGCGGAUCUGGUUCUGGGGACCAGCUGACCUACAUCCUACCUCGGGCCGGUCUCGCGUGGAUAAAGUACGAGUGAAAAGUGCAUAUAUGAGAAAUGCAAUGUCGGUGCGUUGAGUUGAGAGCUGCAACGGACGGGUUUAUGCAGAAGUUUUGUGAUUAAAUAUUAAAGUGCACGUUUGGAGGGCAGAUUAGAAUUGUGCUAGAAGUAAGUUUCGUUGCGGCGGCCAAUUGUCUACACGCAAGAGGGGAAAGGAGGGGGCAAUUUGUUCAAACAGUUGUGCGUAACAAAUGUUUACUAUCAUCAAAGCUAAACGUUUGGUGCCCAAUGGAAGCUCGUGCUAAUUAGUCUUUCUGAAAUGACUACUGUGUGUGUGUGCUUGUGUUUGUGGAUAGAAACGAGUUUUUUUUGUAUUAAUUACAGCCAUAGCGUUUAUUUUUAGAAGGGGGACAAGUGAUAGACGGCAAAUUUUUUAUCACCUUCGUACCAUUCUGUCGUUAAACGGGCACGCUCAACAGAGCACAAGAAGCAAUGAAAAUUAAUUUCCAUUUAAAGACGUGCUGUUUCUUUUUUUUAUAAUGGCGGCUGAUUGAGCCCGAACAAAACUUGACUUUGUGCUUUUUGUACGUAAGCUGCAAGGUUGAUGAUGUGGUUGGUGGUGAUAAAAAGACCAAAAUCUUCGAUGCCAGUGAUAGUUUCGCUUCGAAUGGGUUAGAUUCUGUGAAGACAUGUGAGGAAAUGGUUGUUCAAUUUUUUUAUGACAUCUUGGCUGUAACGUUCUCCAGCUGCUGGUACGAGACGCGAACAAUCGGUUUGCUUGUUUGGCGCACACAUCUGGCUGCGUGCACCGCACAUGUGGUAUCAUUAAGUGGCGAUGACUGUGAAAUUGUGAAUGAGCUGAUAGUGACAAAAAAAAUCCAACAGUUUGAUAGUUUCUUCUCGAUUUGAUCGUAAAACAACAGCAAAAAAUCCCAGCUGCUGACUGUGCCCAUUAGUGUCGUGCUGACUGUGGAGUGAAAAAAAAGCAAACUCCCAGCACAACACAGUCAUUGUCUCGGUCCCCGUGGUCUUAAAUUGAUUUUUAUUUGUUUUUGGGACGUACGAAAGUGUGUUGUGAACGGCGUGGAGUAUUUAUUGUCGCUGUCGGUAUGGCAGGCCAACACACCAAACAACAAGACACCCGCACACAUUGACGUUAAUAUUUAUGUUUGUUCAUAAAAUUAUUAACCGAUCGUUACCCCUACCGGGCUGGUUUGAAGGUGGGUUCGAAGCGUUCAAACCACCGAUUUUGACUGUCUUGGUCGGAAACGUGCUAGCGCCAGCAUGGUCACCGUACACAGAAAUCGGUGCGUUUCGCGUUUUUGUUGACCUGGAUUUGGUCUUAUUUUUGUCACUUUGUUAACUGCGAGCAGUGACCGCGGUUGUACGACACGGUCAACAGCGUGGUCGGAUGCAGUAGCAGCAUCACCAAUACACCCGUACUUAAACAUGCGAGCACAAACAUUGCUAUCAUGCUGAACGUUUGAUGUUAAAACGCGUGUGACAGCAGAAGAAUGGUUCGCUGUGUCCGCGGCUGCUAGCGAUCGUACCACAAUCGACCGUAAAGUGCAUCGUGCAGCUAAUUAGUCACAGCACAGGUUCGAAUGGCACAGCAGCAGGUUUGACACCUCUGGUUUGCGAAUGAAAUUAUCAGAAGGAAAUUGCCAGCUUGUGCUAGUGUUACAUGAAUCAUGUGGUUCAUAUUUCCAUGACUAAUUGACAAGGUAGUAUUCCACCGUGUUGGAUUCUGUUCAUCUGCUCGGUACGGGUUGUUGUACUUUUAAAACAUUUAUUUAAAUAUGUAUGUAUUUAAAAAAUAUGGCGAAGUUCAUGUUUUACAUUAUUAUAAACAUUGGACCUGAAAUAAGUAAUUUUUCCAUUUAAUAAAAAAAAUUGUGUUAAAUUGCAAGUUAUCACUCAAAUGAUAUUGUGUUCUUAUCGAAAUAUUUUAAUGUAAUAACUACAUUAAAGAUAAAAAUUCUAAUAUCUUCAUUACUGAAAGAAAAAUUGAAUGUCAUAUUGGUGGUAACUGUUACUCUUUGUUUUAAAAUAAUUAUUUUCCAAGAAAAAUAUCACAUUUUAGUCUUCAGUUACUUUGAAUUUUAGCACAAGAAAAUCGUUAAUACCACAAGAAUCGGUACAAUUAUUUUUACAUUUCUGUAAAAAAAGUAUUUCGACCAAACGCUACCUUCCGUUAAGAAACGUUUCAAAGAUUCAAGCUCUAGGGGAUUGCAUCCGAAGUCAACCAAAACAUGACCCCGCCGGUACCGCUUAUCAGGAGGAAAUCCCCGGCGGGCGAAGCUAAUCACUGGCGAGGCAUGGCAUCUGCACCAUCGCUGUCAGUAGUGAGUGAAGCGCGAUCGAGUAAGAACGCGAAACGAAAGAUGAUGUCGUUACAGGCGUGCCAAGUCGUCCUAUUGCUCGUAUGUGUAACAGCAACGGUGCACGGUGCAAUACACGAGAUAAAGCAGAAUGGAAACAGGUACAAGAUCGAGAAGGUAACGGACAGCAGCCUAAAGCAAGCGCUUGCAAGCCUUCGCCAGUCGGCGUGGAACGUAAAGGAGCUUGAUCUGAGCGGCAAUCCCCUGAGCCAGAUAAGCGCAGCUGAUUUGGCGCCGUUCACAAAGCUGGAGCUGUUGAAUCUCUCCUCGAACGUGUUGUACGAAACGCUGGAUCUGGAGUCGCUCUCCACGCUGCGCACCCUCGAUCUGAAUAACAACUACGUCCAGGAGCUGCUGGUUGGACCUUCGAUCGAAACGCUGCAUGCAGCGAACAACAAUAUCUCGCGUGUGAGUUGCUCGCGGGGUCAGGGAAAGAAGAAUAUCUAUCUCGCGAACAAUAAGAUCACCAUGCUGCGUGACCUCGACGAGGGAUGCCGCAGUCGGGUGCAGUAUCUGGAUCUGAAGCUGAACGAAAUCGAUACGGUGAACUUUGCCGAGCUUGCCGCUUCCAGUGACACGCUCGAGCACCUUAACCUGCAGUACAACUUCAUCUACGACGUUAAGGGACAGGUCGUGUUUGCGAAGCUCAAAACGUUGGAUCUGUCGUCGAACAAGCUUGCCUUUAUGGGUCCGGAGUUUCAGUCAGCGGCCGGCGUGACCUGGAUCAGUCUGCGCAACAACAAACUGGUACUGAUCGAGAAAGCGCUAAGGUUUUCGCAAAACCUCGAGCACUUUGACCUGCGCGGCAACGGGUUUCACUGUGGAACGUUGCGUGAUUUCUUCAGCAAAAACCAACGCGUGCAAACGGUCGCAAAACAAACCGUCAAAAAGUUGACCGGCCAGAAUGAGGAAGAGUGUACCGUGCCAACGCUCGGCCACUAUGGGGCGUACUGCUGCGAGGAUCUGCCGGCACCGUUUGCCGACCGGCUGAUCGCGCUGAAGCGCAAAGAGCACGCGCUGCUCUCUGGCCAAGGCUCGGAAACGGAGCGGCUCGAGUGUGAGCGGGAAAACCAGGCCCGCCAGCGGGAGAUCGAUGCGCUCAAGGAGCAGUACCGGACGGUGAUCGAUCAGGUGACGCUCCGAAAGCAGGCAAAGAUUACGCUAGAGCAGAAGAAGAAGGCGCUCGACGAGCAGGUGUCCAACGGUCGCCGGGCACAUGCUGAGCUGGACGGAACGCUCCAGCAGGCGGUAGGACAGAUCGAGCUGCAGCACGCGACCGAGGAGCAGAGUCCGUUGCAGCUGCUGCGCGCGAUCGUCAAGCGGUACGAGGAGAUGUACGUCGAGCAGCAGAGCGUGCAAAAUAAUGCCAUCCGCGAUUGGGAUAUGUACCAGCAUAAGGAGACGCAGCUGGCGGAGGAAAAUGCACGGCUCAAGAAGCUGAACGGUGAGGCUGAUCUGGCGCUGGCCAGUGCGAACGCCACGCUGCAGGAGCUGGUAGUGCGGGAGCAGAAUUUAGCGAGCCAGCUGGGAUAAGACGGGUGCGGGCCCAGCAGGAAGGAUAAGCGUGAAAUGAUGGAAUUAACAACCGUUUGUCCUUUUGUCACUGCUAUGUUGGGAUUUUUUUGCAAAUAAACAAACAUUUUAAUUUUGGUGAAGAUGGAA